UAACAUAUUUGUACGACACAUGUGCUCAUAGUAUGAUUGACUCGUCAUUAUUAUUAUUAUUGUUGUUAUCGUUGUUAUUGUCCUCUAAUGAGUGACCAGUUUUUAUUACCGACGAUAACGUUGACGACGAAGAAGAAGAAAAAGGUGGACAACAAGUGGUGGACGUCGACGACGACCUGACCGUCAAGUGGUGGUGAUAUGAGCAACAGUGGCCGCACUACCGCCGGCAGCGGCGGCGGUAGUAAUACUGAUACCAUCGAUCACAAGAUGAUGACCACCGAUGUUAAUGCCGACGGCGACGGCAGCGGCAAUGAUAUCGAGUAUAUGCUUAGAAAAGGCAAACGAUCGACUGUCGAGGCCAUCAAACGGGAGAUAAUGAUGGCCAACAACAAUGCUGGUAGCGGUGGCGGCGGUGGUGGCCAUCAAUCGAUGAUGGAUUCAUCGGCUACGGCGGCGGCAAAACUAUUGCCACAAUUGUGUCGUGUAGUGUUUGACGUACGUAAAUCGGUAGCCGAUUGGGACACUAUCGACUGGAUCCAGUGGAUAGUGGCCGGCGGACUAACCCCUCACGAGUUUGCCGCAGAAGUGAAAAAGUACGACAACGCCACCAAAUGCGGACUGGUUUGGACGGCCAACUUUGUCGCCUACCGGUGCCGUACGUGCGGUAUAUCGCCGUGUAUGUCCCUAUGCGCCGAUUGUUUCAAAAAAGGCAAUCACGACGGCCACGAUUUCAAUAUGUUUCGGUCGCAAGCGGGCGGCGCAUGCGAUUGCGGUGACGACUCGGUUAUGAAAGAACAAGGUUUCUGUCAGAGUCACGGCUCCAAAGAUAACUAUACGAUACCCGAAGCGCCCGGCGAUCUGCUAUGUGUGGCCAAAGCUGUUAUGCCGCAAGUGAUCUAUCGACUGAUUUUACAUUUAAGACGAAACGAUAUCAAAGCUAUGGAAGAAUCGGAUGUCUAUAUCAAAGAGCUAUUGUUAAAGUUAACCGAAAUGGGAGCCGCCAUGCGAUACGUAUUGAGCGAUGCCCUAACCGAUGCCAACUAUUAUUCUAGUCUAUCCUCUUCCGCCUCCUCCUCCUCCUCCACCAUCAAUACUACCACUACUGGCACCGGUUUGUUACGGUUGUCAUCAUCAUGUAAUACGGAUACCGAAACUGAUGAUCUAAUGGCCCAAUUGUUGAACAAUUAUCGUUCAGCUAAGAGAUCGAUGCCACACUUUCGUAUACCAAUUGACUCCGAUGAAUAUAAAAUUGUGUCCGAUAUUGCGGCAUUUGAUUGCGAUUUAGUUCAUAAAACAUUUUUAGAGGAACUCCUAUUCUGGACGAUUGUCUACGAAUUUCCCCAAAAGUUGGUCUGUUUUUUGUUAAAUAUGUUGCCAAAUGAAACUUAUAAGGAAGCGUUUGCCCAGACAUUUGUCAGCCACUAUAGCCGCGUAAGUCUAAUGCUGUGUCAGUCGCGUCUGGCCAACGAUCGGACAGGAAAUCAGCGAACAAAAGACAACAUUCACGACAUACUAUCCAAUUGUGUUGUUCACGUCAGCGUCCAGUUGUUCAGCAAUGAAGAAUUGGCUACAAAAUUGUGCCAAAAGUCUCAACUAUUGUACGUAAUUGUUAUUAGUUUGAAAUAUCCCAUCGAAGGCUGCGGUAGCGGUGGUGGUGGUGGUGGUGGCGAUGAUGGUAGUGGUAGUGCCAAUGAUGGCAGUGGCGCCAGUGAUAUGGCCGGCAUAUUGAUGUCGUCGCCGAUGCACGAUCCGAAACGCAAUGCACACAACGUUGUCCGCUGCGAUCAUCAGAUACUCAAAGAGCACUGGUAUUGGCCAAUAGUUAGCGAUCUGAACAAUCUGCUAACCCAUAGGCCAGUUGCCCAGUUGUUUAUGAACGACUGUGCACUGUUUGAUCUGUGGUUGGAACUGAUUAUGGCCUUCCAGGGUAUGAAUCUGAAUCAGCGUGAACUCAACGAACACGUCGAGUAUGAAAACAAUGCCUACUAUUCGGCAUUCAGUGCCGAACUUGAAAUAUGUUCGACACCGAUGUGGACAUUGAUUUGUCAUCUGAAAGAUUCGGAAUCAGCCGACCAGUCCAUACAGAUAAUCAAACAUGUCCUGCAUUGGUUGGAAACGUGGUUCGAGUUGAUUGCCUUCGACAAAGACGACAUUCCCAAUCCGAUGCAAUCGACAUUUCAUUUGCCAUUGCACCGGUAUUUUUCGGUAUUCACCCAACACGCUGUUACCUAUCAGAAUUGUUCGUUAGUGGAUAUACUACCCGAUGAACAACAGCUGAAACAAUUGCUGGCCCAUCCGUUACAGACGUUUGUAUCGUUUUAUGAGAUAUUGUGCGGCCUAUGGGUACGCAAUGGACUACAGAUCAAGGGCCAGGCUAUGACAUAUAUUCAGUGCCAUUUCUGUAAUUCGAUGGUCGAUUCGGAUCUAUUUCUUAUACAACAAGUGGCCACUCAUGUCGAUAGCGAUUGGUUUGUUCAGACAUUGUUCGAGAGAUUCUACGUAUGGGACAGCCUAUCGUUGGCCAUUACCGACACUGGCCAUCAUAAAGGUUUUCUGGAUUCCGAGUAUGAACUGCCUAUGCUCGAAUCGGCCCUAACCCAUUUGGCUACACUGUUGUCCGUACAUAACAAUCUGGGUAUGACCGAGGAACAGGUUACCCGCAAAGAAAUGGUAGCCCUGUUGGCCAUGGCCGACAAAACACAUUCGCAACUGUUGGAACUGUUACCCGAAAAAUGUGGCAAUCAAUCGACACAGAAUUCAUAUUUUGAACCGAUUUUGUCGAAAAUUGCCGAAUUUAAGUCACCGAAUGUCGAAAUGGGCGGCAGUCUCGUUCAGGGACAGUUCUAUCCGAAAGCCGAUAUCUGGCUCAAUGAGUACGACCCGAUUCAUGUACUGUUGCGUGCCGUCCAUAGACGAGACUAUCAGUCAUCGAUGGACAGAUUUGCACAAUUCGCUCGCCAAUCGGGUCGACUGAAAGCAUCAUCUCAUCAGCCGUGGCCACCGUUUCGUAUACCGCCGCCAGUCAACAACAAUAAGUUUGUCGAUCCCCGUAAACUAUUGCACAGUAAAAUAUUACACGGAGUUAUAUUUUCAAUACUAUAUAAGGCAGUAUUUUAUCACGAAAUGCCCGACCAAAUACUGGCCCUAACUAUCUAUCUGUUAGAUAUGGCCAUCAGAUAUCCAUCGCCAGUAUCUACGAGCAGCAGCAGCACCGGUAGCUGUGGCGGCAACAGCACUAGUAGUAGUAGUAAUAGUAGUGAUUCACAUAACAAUACCACCAGCAGCAGCAGUGGUAAUUCGCCAAAAGAGGUAAACGAUCUACAGUUUGGCCAAUGGUUUCCGUCGUCGGGCAUAAUGACCAGUUUGACUACGCCAGUCAAUUGUGUAAAACUACCGGAACGGCGGCCGUCGUUUGACGGCGCUGUCGAAGAGAUGGACAUCGACGGCGAUUCCAGUGACAGUCAAGACGAUGACGAAGAUGAAUAUAUGAGCGACGAAGAUGAACAGCCGUACGAAGUUCAUAGUCCGGCCACCAGCGAAACAGGCGAACCACGUAGUAUAGAGUCGUCUAUACAGAGACCACAGUUGCCUACCAUUACGGUGCCUUUGGCUUUGCUGCCGGCGCCAAAUCCGACCCAACAGGCACUGGUACCGGUGAAUCCUGAUGCCCGACAAGUGACGGCAGCUGUCAAUCAUCACAGUCAUCAUCAUCAUCACCACCACAGCCUGUUUGGCUAUCAUAGUGCCGCCAGACCACCACCACCACUGCCACCGGCACUAAGCAGUAGCCAUCACUCGGCUGAUAAUACCGUUGCUGUGACGACGACGGCCGCCGAUGACCUAUCGAUUGUUUCGUCAUCUGGCGGUCCCGCGAGACUUCGUUCGCGUUCGCAUCGAUUACGACCAGUUCGGUCGCUCGAUCAGCGAAUUGUUCUAAUGAAUCGUCGCCGACAACGGCUAUAUGAGUCGGCGGUCGCUCCAAGCAAACAGUUUGAGUUGACAAACACAGGUAGUACUGCCGGCAGUAGUAGCGGUAGCAGUAGUUGUAGUGCCAAUAAUAGUCAACAGGACAACAAUAAUCCGAAUCUAGUGGUCACCGAACUAAUCAAAGCGCUUCCGUCGUCGUCUACCGGAAAUCUAUUGACAAUUAACGAAACAAUUGUAUCGCUAUUAGUUAGACUUCACUCGAAACUAAGCGGACGACCCGAUUCCUAUAAACCCAGUUCCAAAACCAAUGAACAACACCAACGAGGAGGAGGAGUACUAGUGGACAGUUGUAUCGGCGACGGUCCCUAUUUUAUCGAACGAUUUCUCAACCAUUUUAUCCAAUUGAAUGUCAACGGCGACGAUAUUAUCAAUGAAAUUCGCCAACGAAUUUGGUCUAAAGAUGGUGCCGCCGGUGGUGGUGGCCGUGGCGGCGGCGGUAUUGAUGACCGAUUCGCUGAUGGCCAGGGAAACACUGGCAGCGGCGGCGGCGAAGAAAACGAUCGCGAAGAACGGCGACGUAAAGCCCGAGAGCGACAACAGAAAUUGAUGGCCGAAUUUGCAUCGAAACAGAAGGCAUUCAUGAAGAAUAUCGAAAAAGAGAAUAUCAACUGUGAUAUCGGCGGCGACAACAACAACAACAGUGACAACAAAGGUGUUCCGUCGGGUUCAUCGUCGACGUCGUCGGCCACCAGUAGUUCAUUGUUGCAGUCAAAAGAAUACGAGUGUGUAAUAUGCGGCCAAAGCGGUGCCACAACCAAUAGUAAACUGUUCGGACAGGUAGUCCUAUUGCAGUCGACCAGUGUUUUGGGACACUCGACCACAACCAUCGGCAGCGGCGAUGUAUGCUCAGCCAGUGGCGGUAACAGUUUUGCCGCCGCAGUCGCCGCCACCCGUUUGCCCAACACUGACGACGAAGUUGUGGCCCUACAGAAUCGGCAAACAUUGGCCAAAUUUAUGGAAAAACGUAUCGACGAAAUGGACCGGUUGUUCGAUAAGAAUUCGUGGCUAAAUUCGUUCAAUAUUGGCUGGGAAGGCGGUGUUCACGUACAGUCGUGCGGCCAUUAUUUGCACAUUGAUUGCCACAAAUCGUAUAUGCAAUCACUACGCGGUCUCCAACAGUCGGUACACAAUCGCUAUGGUAUCGAACAGGGCGAAUAUGCCUGUCCAUUGUGUCGGCAACAGGCCAACAGUGUACUACCGAUUAAUCCGGCAAUGGGCGAAAUCGGUGCCGUUGUCAAAUGUCGACCCAAUGAUCUCGGUGCCGUUGCCCAGGAAAUCUGGUCGCUAUUGGCCAACGGUUGUUCGCAUCCCGAAUCCGAGUUUCUCAAAUUGCUCGGUUCGGCCGUCGAAGAUCUGACCAAAGCUACCGGUCCCCAGUAUCGUAACAUUCGGGUAUCGCCCAGCCAUCAGAGUUUGUUUUUGUUUCUCUGUUCGAUUAGCCGGACAAACCUCGAGUCCGAUAUACUGACCAAACAAAGCCAUAGUAUUGCCUGUGGCGCCAAAAAGUCGUGUUUCGUGCCAUUGUUUCAUGUGUUAGCUUUGAAUGCCAAAGUAGUGAUCACUACACCGUACGAUAGUCUAUGGUGUCAACUGACCGGACUGACCAUCGAUGACAAUCAACUGAGUGUUACGACCAUUGAAAAAGAGGUUCCGCUACUCGUACGCGAUGUCUCUGCACUGUUGAUCCAAUUGUUCUAUGCGUUGCCACUUAAUGUCGACAAAGCUUACUUUACAACUGUUGUCCAAUCGUUGAUGAAUUUGCGUCUAAUCCAAGCCGUUGCCCAGUUAUCAACACUGAUGAGCGAUUGUCAACGGAUCCAACUAAGCGACUAUUUUGUUGCCAACAAUACCAGUCAACAGACGACGACUAGUAUGGAUGAGUUCAGUACCGGUGGAACAGGAGAAGGAUUGGCCAAUCUAUUGGGUUUUGUCAUCCAUAUGCUCGACACUAACGGCUUUUAUGCCAAUCUUGUUGUCGGUAGUGGUGGCGGUGGUAGUGGUGUUGACCAACAAAUGUCUACUAAUUUUACAAACAAAAUAUUAUCCGAACAAGAGAUCGAAGAUAACCUGAUUUGUCUGUGUCUGCCAUUCUUGCGGUUGGCAUCAAUGCUGUCACACCAUCUCUAUUCGGAACCGUAUCCCAAACCGUUGACAACGACGACAACGACAACAACAACUGAUAACAUUGCCGAAGAGUUCCAAUUGUUGUCUCAAUUCUUGCAAUUGGCCGCCACAUCGUCGACAUCGUCGUCGUCAUCAUCAGGUAUUUUCAUCGACGAAGAGUCGACUACUACUACUUCUACUACUACUACAACAACAACAACUACAACUAGCAUAACAACAACAAUAGGCCAAACCAUGCGUUGGGCGACAUCACAGCCCAGACAAUUGGUCCAUACUUGGUGUCAACAGUUUACAACGUUUGCACAGCAAUCGCUUAUUGGAGCACAGAAACUACUAAGAGAUCCGCCAGUCCAAUGGCGACGACCAGCCCUACUGAGACUACCGGCCCUUUACGACCAGUUGUUUAUGUUCUAUCAUCAGCGCCAGUGUCGGGUCUGCAACAAAGUACCGAAAGAUCCAUCAAUUUGUCUGAUUUGCGGUACACUAAUCUGUAUGCACGAAGCCUGUUGUCGGCCAUCCGAGUCGUGUCUGGAAGCAGUGUUUCACUCGAAUGUUUGCGGCGCCGGAACUGCCAUUUAUUUGGCCUGCAAUUCGUCGACAAUUAUCGUCAUCCGUGGCAAAAGAGCCUGUGUCUGGGGUUCAGUAUAUUUGGAUCAGUUUGGCGAAGAAGAUAAAGAUCUCAAACGCGGAAAACCACUCUAUUUAAGUGAACAAAGAUAUUGGAUUCUUGAGCAACAAUGGCUAACCCAUAGCUUUGAUCACACAAACAAACGAUGGGUUUUCCAUAAAGACAUGCUUUGAUUGAUCUAUUGAUUGAUUACCAGAAAAACCUAAACAAAAAAUAAGACAAACGUAUGGAUGGAUAGGACUUAACAAAACAACAACAAAAAACAAAAAAAUAUUUAAAUACUAUUUAAGUAUUACCUAAUAAUAAUCGUAUUGAACGACACAACACACACACACACACACACAACCCAAUAGCACAUCCAUCGACUACUACUACAACUACUACUACUUGUUGUUGUUUUGACACAAAAAAACACAAUAAAAGAGAUAUUCAAUAUAAAUAUAUUGAUAUAAUAAGUUUAUAUA